UUAAAACUGGUAUUCAUGAGUAGUGAUUACAGAAAAACUAUACAAUGCCAAGAAAGAAUAAGAGAUCCACUGGAAAUGUUUCAUUCUGGGCACCUGGUAAAAAUAUGUGCUCCUAUGGUUCGAUAUUCAAAAUUGGCUUUCAGGACACUAGUAAGGAAAUACAACUGUGAUCUGUGUUAUACUCCAAUGAUAGUUGCUGCUGAUUUUGUCCGAUCUAUAAAAGCCAGAGAUAGUGAAUUCACCACAAACAAAGGUGAUUGUCCGCUGAUUGUUCAAUUUGCUGCUAAUGAUGCACAACUUUUAUCUGAUGCUGCCCGAAUAGUCUGUCCUUAUGCGAAUGGAAUAGACAUUAACUGUGGUUGCCCUCAGAGAUGGGCCAUAACAGAAGGAUAUGGAGCAUGUUUAAUAAAUAAACCUGAACUUGUUCGAGAUAUGGUUAAACAAGUAAAAAGUCAAGUGGAAAAUCCAAAGUUUUCAGUGUCCAUUAAAAUAAGGAUCCAUGAUGAUCUUACAAGAACUGUAGAUCUUUGUCGGAAAGCUGAAGCAACAGGAGUUUCCUGGAUUACAGUUCAUGGGAGAAAUAUUGAAGAAAGACACCAGCCAGUACACUAUGAUGCAAUUAAAAUAAUUAAAGAAAAUUUAUCUGUACCUAUAAUUGCUAAUGGAGACAUUAAAAGUUUAAAGGAAGCAGAAAAUGUUCAAGAAAUAACUGGGACAAAUGGUAUAAUGGUUGCGAGAGGACUUUUAGCAAAUCCUGCUAUGUUUGCUGGAUAUAAAGAAACUCCCUUGAAAUGCAUCUGGGAUUGGGUUGACAUUGCUCUUGAGCACGGCACACCUUUUAUGUGCUUUCAUCAUCAUUUAAUGUACAUGAUGGAAAGAAUAACAUCAAAGCAAGAAAAAAAGGUGUUUAAUGCUCUGUCAAGUACAACUGCUGUUUUGGAUUAUCUUACAGACCAUUAUAGCAUGUAAAAACUGUGUCAGAUAUAUAAUGUAUAGUUUAUUUUUGACAAAAAUCAAUUGUGGGAGUUUUUUUAAUGUUUGAUUUCUUUAAAUCUUAAAUAGUUCACAAAUAAUGUUCACUAGUAAUGUCAUUUUAUGAUUUUUUUCUGAAAUCAUAAUUCAUAUUUUUGAGAGAAACAUUUUAAAGUAAAACAUUCAUGAUUUUAAUAUAGUUCCUAUAAGAGGACAUAAAAAUUGCUGCAAAUUAAUGAAAAUAACUGCAAAUAAAUUACAAAAACAGCACAAAAAUCCUCAGAAGUGGAGAACUAAAAAUUUGUAUAAAAUUGCUCCUACAGAGUGACACAAGUUCCAUUUGAAAAACCAAAUUCAAAGUGUUUUAUUGAAUUCUACAUUCAUGGAAGCAAAUUUAAAAUAAGUUCCAUUAAAAUUAGUCAUUUUAAUCAGAUUUACUUGUUUCUAACACAUAUAUCCAAGACUUCUUGAAAUUCUAAAAAUGGCAUUAACAAUUUCCGUGACUUCCAGUCUUUGGAGAAAUUGAAAGAGCUUGAUAAACACAUAUUCCUGAAAAACUUAAAUGGCAUUCCCUUUACCAUCUUUGAAAUACUUUCCUAGCUGAAAUGUCUAUAUUGUCAUCUUAAGGAUGAAUGUUUUUAGUAAUGGAUGGUAAAAGGUUUAAGCCCAUCAUACUUGGUUGAAAACAAAAAAAUCAAUUUGUCUUUUUUUUUAAUACAUUAUGCUGGUUUUGAUAAGCAAGUUUUGGUAUUUUUGUGCUUUUCAUUGAUUGAUAACAUUGAGUUCUUUGCUAUGAGAUUUUUAUCAUAUGGACAUGGGGUUUGUGGAGGGAAAAAACUGCUUAAUUAUCAGUAGUGAAGAAUGUGCCACUACUACAAUUAAGUAUUUUAUAUUGAAAUUAGUUCAUUCCUAUAAUUAUUUUGGAUGUCGACAGCAAAUAUUUAUACUUCACUAUAUUAGCAAAUAAAUUCAAAACAUGAUAUCAUUGUUAUUUAAAAACUAUUUUAACUUGAAACUUGUUCUUAAGCAAAUACUUUUUUUUUUGCAAGAUGGUUCUUAUGCUCUGGAAUAUUAUAAUACAAUUUAUUUUUCUAUACAUAUUCCAACUAAAAUUGUAUUGUUAGAACUAUUAAAACUUUCCAUUAAAAUGUGAGAUCUUGGUAGAAACCUUCUUGAUACCUGCUAAAUAAGUGCUCGUUGAUUAAUUGAUGAGACAUGAAGUUAUCCACUGUUAAAUACUGGGGAUUCAAUUCAGCAUUUAAAAAAUACUUAAUACAUACAAGGUCAUGGAAACAAGGUGGCAUAAUAAAUAAAAUAUUGGACUCAGAGACAGAAAA